GCUAGACCCGCUGCAACAGGAAUUUGUAGAAGUUGUCGUGUCGGCAGUUUGACCAAGAUGCUUCCCGGAGCGCUCACCGUGCUGCUGACUCUUUUCAGCCUCACUGAGAGCAAACAGAAAGACUUUUAUACUUUUAAAGUAGUGAACAGCAGGGGGAAGUUAGUGUCCCUGGAAAAAUACCGGGGUUCGGUGUCCCUGGUGGUGAAUGUAGCCAGUGAAUGUGGCUUCACUGAGGAACACUACAAAGACCUGCAGCAGAUUCAGAAGGACUAUGGGCCGUAUCACUUCAACGUGCUGGCCUUCCCCUGCAAUCAGUUUGGGCAGCAGGAGCCCGGAAGCGACAAGGACAUCGACAGUUUCGUGCGCAGAGUCUACGGAGUCUCCUUCCCCCUGUUCAGUAAAAUUGCUGUUGUAGGAACUGGAGCCAACAAUGUCUACAAGUAUCUUGUUGAGUCUUAUGGAAUGGAGCCUGACUGGAAUUUCUGGAAGUAUCUGAUUGAUGUCGAUGGCAAAGUGGUGGAAGCGUGGGGACCAAAAGUUUCUGUACGAGAAAUCCGACCUAAAAUAGCUGAAAUGGUGCGACAAAUAAUCCUAAAGAAGAAGGAAGAGCUUUAACCACCUGUUACAUGACCCUUUAGUGUGAGGGUUGGAUUACAUUUGUUGGUACAUAAACCAAAGAGAUAUUUUUCUGGUACGUUCAGACUUUCUUUGAAUAAACCAUUAUAUCCAACAUAGCAAACACAAUUUGUACUUGCUUUCUGAAAGCACUGCCAGAACACCACUUUUUUUUUAAUUCAAUGUCAAAUUUCAUAGCAUACAGAUGACAUUUAAAGCUGCAGUCCAAGCCAAAGAACCCUGUACCUUUUUGUUAGACUUGUGGGUAAUUUUAGAUUUUGUAUUCAUUCUGAUUUGUUGAAUAAACUUAAACUGUGA